UGGUUUCUUUCAAGGACUUUGAGCGAACCACCCGAGUCGAGCGCCCAUAUGAAAGUCUAAAAAAAGUGUUCAGUUAGCUCCCACUUUUUCGCACCUGCGGGAUUUUUUCUACGCGGGAUUUUCACCGGGUGCCGUUUUUCUCUCGUGGUGUCGGAAAGGUCAUAGGUACAGGUGCCUGCGGAGCGAAUGUCGAAGGAAUGUCACGACGGAGAUGAACGAAACGCAGACGGGCGACGGAACGCCAGGGAGCAAGGGAAGGUAGUUAAACGGGCGCAGGUGCCAAAAAAUCGCUCGAGACUGGGCCCGCUUCGGCCCGGGUAGCCAUAGUGUUCCGACCGAAACCAAGCAAGGCGGAUAUAUCGAACCCCGUGCAACCAACACGGAAUUCCAGUCUGCUUAGUUUCGUGCUUUUCAUCGUGGUGUCUGCAAAGCGGCGUUUUUCUCGUGGGUCGGGAUUUUUUUCGACUUGAGUUGUGAGCAACAACAAACGUGACCUUUCGCAGGUGGUGGAUUUGAUUGUGCGGACCCAUCAUGCCCGAGGACGGGACGGUUGCUCCCAAAGUUUCGGUGGAGUUCGAGGUUUUUGGUAAUGUUCAAGGCUGCUAUUUUACAAAAUAUUGCAAGGACCAGUGCGAUCGACUUGGGAUUUACGGAUGGGUGAAAAAUACAAGGAGUGGAACAAUUGUGGGAAAGCUGCAAGGCGACCGAGACAAAGUGGACGAAAUAUCAAUGUGGCUGUCAAAACAGGGAAGUCCUGGAUGCCGCAUUGACCAAUGUGAACUCAGGAACUGGGAGUUGGUAGUGAAACCCGACUUCCGCAACUUCAGCAUCCGAUUCUGAAACAUUUUUCUGCAGCUCAGAUUUUGACCCGCGACUAUAAUUGAACACGUUGGCAAGCUGUUGUGCAUUUGCAUGGAAGAAGCGAAAACCUCAUUUGAUCAAGACUCUAUAGUUGAUAGAUUAAAAAAAAGAAAGAAAACUCUUGAUCAAAUCGUGUCGCUUCUAUUACUGUAAAGGUUGUCUUUUAUUUGAGAUGGUAUGAGUCGAAAAGUUUUCAUCAGUCAAAUGGCUUGUUUGAAGAUUUUGUGAGGUCUGUGUAUGUCCAACUGUUUGAAACUUCAAUUUCAGAAUAAAUUAUUCCCUGUGUUUGAAGUGUUACUGUACUUUGACGAUGCUUUAUUGUGUUCGUCCUAUCCUGGAAGAAAGAUUGCUCAUGCUUUGAAAUAGCACACAAGUGCAAGAACCAGAUUUGUGAAGAAAUGAAGCUUCCAUUUUUCCGA